AUGGUGUCUAAUAAAAAUUUGUUAGUUUUUUGUUUAUUGAUUGGAUGUACGAUCGCUGAUCAAAAAUAUGAUAUUUCCGCAUCGGAAUUAGUAUCAGAUGUUUAUAAUGGAUGCUUACAACAUUUUCAAUUUAAUUGUGUCAAACCUAAAGCAUUAGCUUGGAUAAGUAAUGUUUAUGAAAAUAAAGUGAUUCGGAUUACUGAUGAUUUAGCAAUUAGAAAAACCGGAGAAAUUUCAACAAGUGAACAGGAACAACGCAGCAACAAAGUAGAUGCAUUUGAAAUUUUGGAUAAAGUUGAAGAUUUUCUCGCUACUCACGAAUUACAAAUUAAAAUUCCAACAGCUCUUCGCCCAGAAGGUGAAUUAGGUGCAUUUGUUCCACGAUCAUUGACACCAGAAGAUUUCAGUGUUCCAUUGUCCUCAGAAGAAGAAGGACGUUCACGCAAGAAGCAUGGUUUAAUGCGUAAAGUAAUCAUUCCAUUCUUGUUAGGAUUAAAAUUCAAAACUGGAGUCUUAGUACCAUUAGGUUUAGCAUUGAUCGCAUUAAAAACAUGGAAAGCCAUGACACUUGGUUUAUUAUCCCUUGUUCUGUCUGGUGCUUUAGUUAUUUUCAAAUUUACAAAGCCAAAAAUUGUAAAUUAUGAAGUUAUUCAUUACCCACACCAUGUUGAUCAUCAUGUGGAUCAUAUUGAACCAGCAGCCCCAGGUUGGGAUCAUCCUGGAUAUGCAAGGUCAAUGGAAGAUGUGGCUCAAAAUUUAGCAUACCGUGGCUAUGACAACUGA